UCAAUGCAAACACGCGAGUAGACGCAAAAUUUUUGCCGGCGGCGCGAAUCGCGGGUUUCGCGCGACGCGAAUGCCGCGAUUGACGCGAAUGUCGCGGCACGAAUGAAACAACGCAAAUUCGCAUGAAUUCAAUAAAUUCAACUUUGGCGAAAUAUUCGCGUGACGCUGUGUCGGGACAGCCUAUCAGCGUUGAGAUUCUGGACGACAGUGACAUCAUGCAUCCCGGGAACCCGCCUAUUCCGGAAAAAUGGAGGAGAAACUUAUUGUUGCGGUCUGUGGGCUUCCCGAGCUUUUUGACACAUCAUCACCCUCCUACCGCAACCGGAACCAUAAAGAUCUGGCCUGGAGGAGGGUGAUGAGGUCACCGGUCUGCCUGGUAAGUUGUGACAAUGUGAUUUCAGCUAUCUGUUGUAGCUACUUCUCUACAAAGUUAGCAUUAGCAUUAGCAGCCUUCGCCGGCCGGCAUAUUUAUCUGUUUGUUUCUUGUCAAUUCGCGAGUUAUUUACUCGCGUGAGUGACGCGAGUAAAUUCAACUACUCGCGCGAUCAACUCGAAAAUUCGCUACGCGUCCGGUCUGAACACACCGUAACUGUCUGCGCCCCUCGGACCCAAAGAGAACAGUUUGACUCUCAUCAGUCCACUAAAUGUUCCUCCGUUUCUCUCCAGGCCAGCUGAUGUGUUCUUUGGCAGAUUGUAACUCUUCUGCCUUGUUUAACAGAGGGACUUUGUGGGAUUCUUGUAACUAGAUGAUCUUCACACAGACGUCUUCUACCUGUCUCAGCACUAACAGCUGUCUGUGAUCAGGAUGAACGGGUUCGAGCCUUCAGCUCUCUCCUCCUCGGGGAUCUUCAGCUCCUUCACCAAUGGCCAUGGUUCUGGUUCUGGUUCUGGUUCUCCUGAACCUCCUAAAGAUAAACCAGCCAAGUCCAGUGCCAAAGCUCUGUACGGAUCAGAUGAAAUGUAUUUCCUUCGCUCGUCUUCCAAACAUAAAAAGAAAAGUCAAAAACAAAGAAAACAUUUCACCAAAACCAGCAUCAACAGUCUGACGGACACGUCGCAGUAUCAUGUGGAGCACCUGACCACGUUCGUGUUGGACCGUAAAGACGGGAUGAUCACGGUGGACGACGGCGUGCGGCGUCUCCGCCUGCUGGACGCCAAAGGGAAGGUGUGGACUCAGGAGAUGCUGCUGCAGGUGGAGGAGAAGACCGUCAGCCUCAUCGACCAGGAGACCAAGAACGAGCUGGAGAACUUCCCCGUGGGGACGAUCCAGCACUGCCAGGCCGUGGUCAACGCCUGCAGCUACGACUCCAUCCUGGCUCUGGUCUGUAAAGACUCGGGCCAGAGCAAGCCUGACCUGCACCUCUUCCAGUGUGACCACAUCAAGGCGAGUCUGAUCCACGCCGACAUUGAAAGUGCCAUGAUCGACGCCAAAGGAGGGAAAGUGAAGAAGAGGCCGGAGACGCUCAAGAUGAUCCUGAAGAGCGACGGGAUCAUCCCCCCGCCGCCCGCCGCCCCCGCCCCCGAACCGCCCGCAGCGGCCAAUCAGGUGGACGUGAAGAGUCGCGCCGCCGCCUGGUCGGCGUGGACCAAUGAGCAGCAAGACUGUGAGUGAUGUCACACCACAACAACGUUUAUUCACUUUAAACUCUCUGAGUUCAAACUUACUAAACUUUACAGUCAGAUCUGAAAAUGUGUCUGAAAUAUUGAAUAUUUCCAUAAAAACAUCUCCUGUUUGAAAAUAUUUAACUGAAAGAAAAACUUUUAUUCUGAAAAGGAAAAUAAAAGAGUUCAGGAGGUAAAACUAUAAAACAUAAAAUAAUAUCCAGAACUGUAAAAUAUUAACAGAAACAUGUAGAAAUGACAAAAUAAC